UCCACUCCCAGACCUGAGGCACCCCGGCAGCGGCUGCUCGCCGAUAGGGGAGGCAGUUACCUCCGAGCCCCGCCCCGCGUUAAUUGUGCACAUAGUGAUUGGCUGCGCCACGAAACGGCUGUCCAAUGAGAGGAUGCUUUACAAAAGUACUCAGAACCAAUCUCAGGGGCUUUGGCUUUUACCGACGGCAGUUUGAAACUGUCAAGCUCCCGAGUCAGCGGGGGCCGCACCGGGGGAGGCUGAGCCCGGAGGCAGGGGGCUGUGCAGAAUUGUCUUUGUGCAGAAUGUCAUCAGAUGAGGAGAAAAGCUCAAGUCCAGUUUUGCCAAAAGACUCAGAUCGAGGCAGUUCUGUCUCUUCAGAUCUUCAGGAUGAAUAUGAAGAGCUGCUUCGUUAUGCCGUAGUGACUCCAAAGUUUGAACCGUGUGUCCUGAGGCAGUCUGAGCCUGCUGCAGAACUGACAGCACAUGACAGAUUUUCGAGUUUAAUGGAUGAAGUCAUCAAUCCCCCUAAGACUCCAGUUUUAACACCAGUAAAGGGACCUUCGCAGGCAGACAUGGAAGGACUUUGCCCUGUUCGUUCGGGAGAGACUUCUUCACAAGGGUCCUCAUCUGGUCCAAGAGAGAUCGAUGAGACUAUAGUGACUGAGUUAAGUGUUUCAGAUGAAAAAGUGACCCAGAUAGAAAGCAUACUUGAUCUCUGGAGUGGAAGUCUUAAGACAAAUGUUCUGACUGAACUCAGAAAAUGGAAAAUGACUUUUAUUGAACAUCACAAGCUGGAAAUGAGACAAGAGAAGGAGAAACAUGCUGCACAUGUGAGACAGCUGAACAAUCAGAUGGAGAACCUGAGAGAGCUGCUACAUACUUAUGAAAUCUCCAUUGGCAGAAAGGAUGAGGUAAUCACUAACUUGUCCCAUGCGAUAGACAAGCAAAAGGAGAGGAUAGAGCUAAUGAAAAAAUUUACACGGUGGCGGAUUCAGCACGUGGAGGCCAGACAAGAGGCAUAUGCAAAUAGACUGGCAGACAGACAGUUCCAGAUAGCUUUGAUGAAGAGGGUUUGGGCAGCCUGGCGCUCUCUUAGUGAAGCAAGAUGGAAAGAGAAAGUAGCAAAAGCCUGUCAGUUAAGGGCUGAGGAAGUCUGUGUUCAGCUUUCCAAGGAUUAUGAAGCUAAAAUUGCAGAGUUAAAUGUUGCUCUGGAAGAGGCAAAAGCUGAUAUCCUGAGACUGCAUAGUGAAAGGGAACAGUAUGAAGGCACCAUGAAAAAAGCCUUUAUGCGUGGCGUGUGUGCACUGAAUCUAGAAGCAAUGACCAUGUUUCAGGGCAAAGAAAAUAGGACAGACCAUGUAAUAGAUCCAGUAAAUAGGAGAGAAGAUCCUGGAACUAAUGCCACUGGAAGGCUCCCUCCCUCCCAGUUUGAUCCUCCCUCACCACCACCUCCAACAGCAGCCACGGUUCCACAAGAGGAAAUUUUUUCAUCCCAUCUGGGCCACGCAAGUACUUCUCAGACCAGAUUAGAAUCAAAUUCUCCAGUAAUAGUCGCUAGUGCAGCUGUAGGAUCUGGCAUUACAUCAGCUCAAAAACUGCCUGUGGCAAGAGUAGUGACAUCUGCUCAGCAGAAGGCAGGAAGAACAAUCACUGCUCGAAUCACAGGCCGAUCUGAUUUGGGACAAAAGAACAGAAUUUGUAGUAGUUUAGCUGUAAUGGGAGUCUCACCACCCAUGAGUUCAGUCAUUAUAGAAAAGCAUCAUCCAGUCACUCAACAAACUAUAUCCCAAGCCACUGCUGCUAAAUACCCUCGAACUGUGCACCAUGCUUCUAGUGCCACCAGUGUGAGGCCUACUGGACAUAGUGGACGAACACCUCAUAGCCAGUCCCAUACUAACAUUCAGUCAAUAAAAGUUGUGGACUAAGGAAUAUUUUGAAAUGCUUGAAUUUUUCCUUCCAGGUGAAGAGUUUUACCAAGUUGCAGAGUAAAGCUCUUCCCAAUGUUUCCAGACUGAUGUAGCAAGGCUCAAGGAUACAUCAUGUUUUUACCUUUUAAAAAUCAAAUUGUAGACCUACUCAAAUGUUGAGAGGCGGGUGUGGGGGAAUAGCAAUUUGACUUUCCAAUGUAGUUCUCUGUAAGUGCAAGCAAUGGCUAUUUGAGAGAACCUAUUUUAUUACAUGUAUACUUUAUUUAAGGAAGCUGUUGAAUACGGUUUUUAAUAAAGGAUUAAAAUAGA